AUGACUGAGGAGGUAAUUGGUGGGCAUUUGAUCAAGAAUUUAGGUCCUGUAAGAAGCUUCCAUUUCUACCAUCAGAUCUUUGUUUUGCUUCUGGAGAUAGAGAGACACUUUGUGCUGGUAUUCACCUUCUUGUUUCGGCGGAGAGAUUCAUGGUCUAGUUAUUUGGAGCAUGGGGUGGCAGCAAAUAGUGAAGUCUAUGAUACUGCUGAAAAAUAUAAUCCGGAUAAUAGAUCAUGGGAAUCACUUCCGAGGAUAAAAAAGAGAAUGAAGCUUUGCUUCGGAUGUUACAUGGACAAUAAAUUUUACGUGAUUAGUGGGAGAAAUAAUGAUGGAGAACUGACAUGCGGUGAAUUUGUUGAUGAAACCAAAAGCACAUGGAAACUCAUUCCUGACAUGUUGAAGGAUGAUCAUGUACGGUCAUCCCACUCUCUACCAUUUCUUGCUGUCGUAAAUAAUGAACUCUACUUACUUGAAUCUUCUUCCAACCAGUUGAAGAUGUAUUUGAAGAAGACCAAUACAUGGAAGCCGCUGGGGCAAGUUCUUGUGAGAGCCGCUUGCAACAGAGGUUGGGGAGUCACAUUCAAGUCUCUAGGAAAUAAGCUGCUUGUAAUAGGAACAUCGGUUUUUUCCUGUGCUAACAAUUACAUGGCUCUAUAUACCUACUGUCCAUAUGCCGAUGCCAGUGAAUUGCAGUGGAGACGUAUUGACAAUGGUAGAAAUUUGCUUAGUCAAUUCAUCUUAAAGUAUUAUGUUAUGGCAACUUGA